AUGAACAAAUACCAAACCCUUGGAGAGGGAGACUGCGAACCUCGUCAGGUGGAGGUCAUCGGCACUGGCGACAUUUCAAAGGUUGGCUCCAUCCUGCUGGAGUUUUUGUCCCAAGACUUUGACGAAGGCUCCAUUGGAGAUUAUCAAGCAACCUUUGUCGACGACUAUGCUUGCGUGGUCCGGAUGCUGGGGCCGACCUUUGGCAAAGGUUUCCAACCUCAAGUGUACCAUUUCCGAGACGCACCUUUCAUCAAACGCGAAAACGGUAGCAUCCCCCGUGUCCUCAACGACGGAGAACAUGCGGUCCUGAGACAGUACGGCUCCUUCGUCAUUCCCAGCUCCAAGAUUGCGGACGGCUUCAUCGCCGCGUUCUUCGAUCGAGUGCAUCCCACUAUGCCGGUCUUAAACCGAGCCGAGUUCUACAGAACAUAUUUGGAAACCUCGUCCUCUCAACCCGUCAAGCUGCCGUUGUUGCUGUUACAGGCCGUGAUUCUAUCUGGCUCUACCGUCUGGAAGCAUCCCGACCUCAACCUUCCCCCCGAUGAGGUCUCGUGGCGAUUGUUCGUAAGGGCCAAAGCACUCGUCGAGCAACGAUUCGAGCAGGACAGACUAGCCCUGGUCAUUGCACACUUGCUCUUCAGCACCUUCACCUGUGACAGCUGCGACGAUACCAACCAAAACAUGUGGCUUUCACUGGGAACAGCCAUCCGUCUGGCUUUUGGUCUCGGCAUGCAUCGGGAUCUCGGCAACGCAAAUGCCUUGCCGGAGCACCGACGACAGUGGAAGAUUACAUGGUGGACGUUAUUCCUACACGAUGUACUAUGUUCGUUCGAAUGGGGCCGACCCCGAGCAGUCAACCUGGACGACAGCGAUGUACCUGAGCUUGUCGAGCGAGACCUUCAGCCCGUGGAGCCCGGAGCCCUCUCGUGCGUCGAGCACACCGAGUUUUUCCUUCAAAGCAUCGAUCUGUGUUUCAUCAUCAGCACCUGGCUGGACUCGUUGCGCCCGGGAGGUCCCGCCAAGCGACGCGCCUCGCGCAAUGGACGGCCAAACCGAGAAGAGCAGACCCGCCGUUGCUGCGCCGAAUUGUCAAAUUGGUACACCAACCUGUCGCCCGCGAUGAGACCACCUCACUCUCGCCGGUCACACUAUUCUCUCUGGUCUGGAAUGCUCAACAUGUGUUACCACGCCGCCACGCUGAGAUUCUAUUCCCGCGACCCGGAUGCCAAAGGCAAGCUCCACGAUGCCGCAGUCUCGAUCAGCCAGAUCUGCGUCGACCUCUGCGAACAAGACUUGAUCGACUCGAUCUGGGUGUACGGGAUCCAUCAACUGGACUUGGCUAUGUGCCAGCACGCCCGGGAAUCCCGAGACGACGACCCCGAUGUGGCCGAGCAGGGUCUACAGAAUCUGCGGACCUCCUUACCCAUCCUCGAGCGACUCAGCACUCGUAGCUCCACCGCAAAACAAGGCUUCAUCUUCCUGAAGGAAGUGGCCGAGGGCAACGUCAUGCGAGAGAAUCUUGCCACUCCGAUGCAUCAUCACGAGUCAACCUGGGACGCGGACAUGUCACGGUGGCACCUCCAGAACAUGGAGUACCCAGGAUUUGAAGGAUACGACGGGCUGUCAGCGGACCUCUGGACUUUUCACUCAUUCGACUUGUCAGAUGAUACCUAG